GCAGUACGGAAAUAUUUUGGUGUAACAGCUUUUGGGCGAAGCUUGAUUUCGUCCAUGGGCACACGAUCCCGGUUAAGGAAGGCGUUUGUUCACAGUAAAACCAUCACUUUUUGGGUUGUGUACGUAACUUAAAUUUGUCCCGAAGCUCCACUACGUUAAAUUAAUACAAUGCGGUUGAUUUUAGACGGCUCAGAAAGCUAAAGGAGCUGCUUCGACUAACUAAGCGAAGAAACGGGUGCCACAGUGCGUCUGUCAAACCAGUCCUGCCAUUGACAUCAUUGCGCUUUGACCUGUCAUUAAUAAAUCGAGACCAACUGGACAGGCAAGAAACAUGACGAGUCUGGCGUGUAAAGUGUUCAGCAGGGUCGACAGGGUGUGUCGCCACCUUCCCGUGGCGCUCAACACCUUCCUGGUUUUCUCCAUCACCGGCGAGGUGAGCUACCUGGUCAUGGUUGAAGCUCCGCUGGAGCCGGACCAGAAGAAGACGGAGUGGUCCUCGUGGUGGAAGAUGAUCCACCUGCUGGGACAGUACUUCCUGCUGGGAAACAUCUGCUGGAACGCCCUGCUCUUCCUCAGAACCAGCCCCAGCAUCAAGGGGGUGUUCCUGGGUGGAGAAGGCAUGGGCCAGGGGUGGAGGUACUGUUAUACGUGUGAGACGCACACUCCUCCUCGCUGCUCCCACUGCUACGACUGUAAGGUGUGCGUGCUGCGGAGGGACCACCACUGUGUCUUCUUUGGCCAGUGUGUGGGUCUACGCAACUACCGGUAUUUCCUGAGCUGCUUGCUGUUCAUGUGGUCUGGGCUCCUGUACGCCACGCUGAUGAACGCAGAGGUCUUCAUUGUCAUACUGAAGGAGGGAGUUACUGUGCACAGCAUCCUGCUGCUGCUCAUACCCUGGAUUAUGUUGGUUUCAGGUCAGGUCUCUGCACGUGCCUUCGCCUUCGCCUUCAUUGCAGACACGUGUGUGGUGGGCUUUCUGCUGGUGUCCGCCUUUUUCUUUUUCCAUCUCUUCCUGUUGUUUCGGGGACAGACAACCAGGGAGUGGUACUCAUCCCGCCGGCCCUACAACCUGGGGCUCCUGGGCAAUCUGCGCCACACUCUGGGCCUUCGAUGGUACCUCUGCUGGCUCUGCCCGCUCAUACCAUCAACUCUACCGGGUGAUGGGAUACACUUUGAGGUCACAGGAUCACUGGAGCCCGCACGGUAACAGCUGAAAGUCUGGACGUCAUCAGGCCUUGUGUCUUUACUUCACUGGUGGUGGUUAACGUUAUUGGGGAGCAGCAGCAGGGGAACCUCUUUUUAAGGGAAGGGAACUUGAAGGGGAAAAGGCUAGAAUAGUGGUUUCGCUGGAUAUAAGUCUGUACAAAUAUGUACACUCAAUAAGGCAGGCCUCAGAAUAUUAACACAGAAAUUAGUGUUACUUGGACGUCAUGAGCACUAAACCUCUGUAAGCAACCCUGAAACAAGAAUGUAUUUUGUUGACUGUAACGUUUUUUUAUAAAUGUUCAUAACAGACACCCACAGUUUCUGUGACAGUGUCCUGGGAAGUGCACCAGUUUAAAUCAGUGACCACUUAACUGAGAGGGGGUGUCAGUUCAGCUUCAAUCUGCCUAAUCUAUUGAAGGAUCUAAUUUGGUUUACACUGUUCAUAAACAGCCUCCUGUCUGUUAAAAUGUGUUUUCCACUGCUCUACGUCCACCCUGAGCUACAGAGUUUAUUACAGUAAGGUUUUCACUGGGUAUUUUUCAUCAAGUUGAGGUGAUGAAGAACUGAAAAAGUGUUUGCAGUGACUUCUUGCUGUUUACAGACUAAAGUAAUUUAAUGAUAUCAGUAUUUAAAUUCUACCUGUUGUGUAAAUCUUUUUGUUUCAGUGAGUGAGCCAAAUUAGUCCUGCAGUGUCACAUUGUCUGCCAAAGCAGUUUCUGUUUCUAGUAAUUCGUUAAUAUUGCAAAUUGUCGCAGCAGUAAUACAUUUUAUUUUUUCAAAAGUAUACAUGCGUUUCUGUACGUUGAAUAUAAUUUGUCACCGGCUUCUGUUCAUUAUGUAAUAUGGCUCUGAAACACUGCUAACAAGUAAAAACGUCAUUACCUCAAAGUGAUCAUUUCUGCUCUUUUUUGUAGUGUUUUGUGUCUUAUUUUAUAUCUGCUUCCUUGUUUUACACAAAAAUUUCAAUCAAAGUUAUUGUUUACAUGUUUUAUUUAUCGAAUAUAGAUAUCAUCUUCUUUUGCUUUUGCUCUUGCUCUGUACUAUCCGAUUUGGGUCACGUUGUUUAAAGUGUGGUUCUGCUCUUUGAAAGUGUUAAUAAAAAAUUCAAAUUCCACCAGGGGACACGUGGAAAAGCGGAAA